AUGGGGUUGUUCAUCGUGGCAGAUAACAUAUGGAGAGAAAGGAAUAUUCGAAGGCAUGAUGAAGGCUGGAGACAUACUAGGCAUGUUUGCCUUUCUAUUCUUGAAGAGGUAAAGUGGUGCAAGCCUAGCACUAAAGGGGUAGUCAGAACCAUGGCUGAUAUGAUGUGCUGUAGAAGGUUGGAGUUGCCUAUUCAAAACAUGCCCGCCAAACCUGUUCUAGAAGUUUUUUGGUGUAAGCCUCCAGUAAAUUGGGUUAAGCUCAACUUUGAUGGCAGUUCGUUGGGAAACCUAGGCAGAGCAGGUGCUGGUGGCGUAUUCAGAGACUGGCUGGGAAGAGUGCUAGGGUCCUAUAAAACCUUGGGGGUUUUCCAAGCAGAGAUGGAAGGCCUCAUGCAUGCUAGAAACUUGGGAUUCCAAUGCCUAUGGGUUGAGUCAGACUCUACUGCGGUGGUGAUGCUGAUUCAACAACAAAAAGUUCCUUGGUUUGCAGCUUAG